AAGGAAAAGAGCUGUCAUCACCGAGCUGGAGAUUGCACACUGAAAAAGAACCUGGUACUUACUUUGACAACAGUGGAGGAUAUGAUGGGGCUACACAUGGAGGUAGCCAACCCUGCUACAUAACUCUGCAUUUCAGACCUAGGUGCAAGCAUGGAACGGAAAUGGGAAGAAAAAACGAAGCAUGUGGAGGAACUGGCAGAUUAUUAUAGAAGACAUCCGCUUAGUUUUCCUUACAGGCCAAAGCUUGCCAAGCCAUGGCUGCCAUCUUCUGUCUGGAAACUUUUCCCUCGACAGGCUCUAGCAUUUAACUUUGCCAAAAUGUGUAAGGAGGAUGUGCAUGUUUUUGCCUUGGAGACAGUCAUUGAUGAUACAGAGCGAAGAUUAUAUCUUGUAACAACAUAUGCAGAAUUUUGGUUUUAUUACGUCAAACAACCAAUUUCCCUGAGUCACUGCUAUGAAGUCAUUCCUGCUGACACUGUGUGUAAGCUUUACUUUGACAUUGAAUUUUACAAACCUGCAAAUCCAGAAGUAGAUGGUAAAAAAAUGGUUGCUCUGGUAAUUGAAUACUUCAGCACAAAACUUAAAGAUCACCCUGCCUUCCUGAAGCAAAGAAUUUUUGUGAUGCCAGUAGAAAACCAAGCCAAGCAAAUGCAGCCAAACAUGUCCAUAGUAUUGAGAAUGGUGACCUUUCUUCUCUAAUUGUGAGAGAUAAAUAUGGUGGGAGCCAGCUUUUAAUCGAUCUAGGAGUUUACACAAGGAACCGAAAUUUCCGAUUGUACAAGUCUUCAAAACUGGGCAAAAACGUGCCCUUUAUGUUAGCCGAGGACAAUAAGUUCAGAAGCAAGCCACCAAAAGAUUUUUCUGCAGAAGAGCACAUUUUUCUCUGCUCGUUAAUUAGCAAUGUCAGAUUUUCAGAUUCUUUAAAGAUUUUGACAUGUAGCAGCCCUGACUAUCGAACAAGCAAAGCUGCUUCACAUAACAAUAAAAAUCCAGGAGUCACUAUGAAGGGGUUUCAGGUCUCACCAUACCCAGAAAUUGAUGACUUCAUUCUCUCUCUUGUUACACGAGAAGGCUUUCAAGGAAGCAUUCGCUCCUGGCACUAUUUUUCAUCAGAGGAACUGCUUGUUUAUGAGACUGCUAACUACCGGUGGUGUGCAAACAUAAGAAGAGCCCACAAAAGUAAUAAUGUCAUGCUACUGGUGGAUGUAAAGAGAGAAGUCUGGUAUCAGAAAUGCCAUGACCCCAUAUGUAGAGCACAAAACUUCAAAUCAGAAUGUCUACCCUUACCAUCUGAAGUGUGUCUUCCUUUUCUUUUUAAAGAGGACGAUGAAGAAUCUAUUUUUACAAUGGAUGAAAAUGGAAACAUCAAGGAAACCAAGAUAAACAGAUCUCUUGUGCCAAUGGCAGACAAACCAUCCAUUGCUAGAUCUGGUGAGACCAUGGGACCUUGGGAGAGACACUGUGAUAGUGAGAUUGAUGAUGCAUGCAUCCUGGAAGCUAUUGAAGAUAUAGAGUUUUCAGAUGCAGUGGACACCAGCCUGGCACAUUUGGAAUUAGAUGAUGUAGGAAUACCAGAUGAAGAUAUAGCGUUUGUUAACGCAGUGGACACCAGUCUAGCACAUUUGGAAUUAGAUUAUGUAGGAAUACCAGAUGAAGAUAUAGUGUUUGUUAAUGCAGUGGACACCAGCCUGGCACAUUUGGAAUUAGACGAUGUAGGAAUACCAGAUGAAGAUAUAGCGUUUGUUAAUGCAGUGGACACCAGCCUGGCACAUUUGGGUUCAGAUGAUGUAGGAAUACCAGAUGAAGAUAUCGAGUUUGUUAAUGCAGUGGACAACAGCCUGGCACAUUUGGAUUCAGAUGAUUUAAAAAUAUCAGAUGAAGAUGUAGCGUUUGUUAACGCAGUGGACAACAGCCUGGCACAUUUGGAUUCAGAUGAUGAAGAUAUAGAGUUUGUUAACGCAGUGGACACCAGCCUGGCACAUUUGGAUUCAGAUGAUGUAGAAAUACCAGAUGAACUUUUAUUAAAAUCUCUAUAUGAACAUGAAAUGUUUGCCAGCAAAUAAACAUAUUUCUCUCCCCCUGGUUAUUGUGGAUUUACAAGUGCAAUAUACAGCAGAACACAAGAAAGAAGAAUAUGUGAUGUGUUUGUCUUUAAACCUAAAACAGCCAAAUGUCUAUUUUCUUUAAAGCAUAUAUUUACAUGGAGCAGUGCAAUGAGAACCCAGGCUGAGCAAGUUUAAAACUGAAUAUAUAUAUUUUUUUUAAAAACAGCCUUAAAUUACUCCUUUUUUUUCAAAUGUUUUUUUCCCAUUUUUAUCAAAUUUAACAUUUCUUUGCUAUGUUUAUUUUUCUUCUAGCAUCCCAUAUUUUUUUAAUUCACUUCUGUAUGUAUUUUAUGUUUUAGCUGUUGCCUUUAGAUUGUAAAUGCCUUUAGAUUGUAAACUUUUGCAAAUAGGCCCCUCUUUACCUAGUGCCAUUGUACUGCACUAUGAGAAAUCCUGGAGCUUUAUUUAUAUAUAUAUAUAUAUAUAUAUAUAUAUAUAUAUAUAUAUAUAUAUUACAAUGUUAUUUAUUCUUAAUUUUUCUAAGGCCUGGCUCAUCAAUACUGUAUGUCAUGAGGCUCUCUAAUAACAUGUAUGUUUUUUUUGUGCAGGCAGAAAUAUUACAUACCUAUGUUUAAGUGGACAAACUAUAGUAUUUAUAAGAGUGGUUUUAACUGAAAAAAAAAAAUUCUUAUGUAAAUUAUAGUUGUAUACAAUUUCAGAUUUUUUUCUAUGAUAUCUACAAAACAUAUGCUUUAAUUUGUUUUGUAAAAUGUAAUUUCUGUCCCAGUUCCAAUAACUAUUUUACAUGCCAUAAAUAUUGACAUGCAAUAAAACCUCAGUUUU